AUGGGGAAAAAUGGAUCACAAUUAAAAAAUUUAAAAUCGUCUAUCCGACAGGCGGAUUUGUUUAGCGCGAAACCUGGUCGUAAAAAGGGAAAAUCGAAAGGUGUAGAUUCUCGAGAAGAGCGACAGACAAAAGUAGAUAAAAUUCAGACAGAUUUCAAUUUGUUUGAUCGACAAUUCACGAGGAAAAAAUUCGAUGUAGGCGGUAGACGCAUCAAAGGUACUGAAGGCACUCCUGGCGUUAGUCGCAGUGUUGGCGAAGAAGUUCGAAAAAAUACAAUAGGUGAAAAGCUCAAGAAAAAGAAUCAUGUGGGUGGUGUCAUUGAUCGCCGUUUUGGUGAAAACAAUCCUCAUUUAUCUCUUGAGGACAAAAUGCUUGAGCGUUUUAGUCGUGAACAGCAACGUCGUAGCAAAAAAGAUAUAUACAAUUUGGAUUCAGAAAACGAUGUCUUGACUCACGGAAAAAGACCCGUAUCAGAAUUGGAUGACUUUGACGAACCCGAUUUAGCUCUUAAUGCCGAAGACGAUGAGGGCCUAAACAACGAAGUUGUUCGUCGUAUGCAUUUUGGUGGUUUCGGAGAGGAUGAGCCUCAAGAGGAAGAAGGUGAACCAAAGCAAAAAAAGACCAAACAUGAAGUCAUGUCAGAGAUCAUUGCGAAGUCUAAAACGCAUAAGGCAGAACGCCAAGCCGAGAAAGAUGAUUACGAAGGUGAACGUGAGAGAUUAGAUGAGGACAUGGAAGACUUGCAAAGUGUGCUUUCGGAUUUUAGAAAAGAGACAAGACGUAAACAAGCCGUAAAGAAUCAAGCUUUGCGUCCCUCAGAUGCUGAUUCUCGGUAUGAUGAGUUUGUCCGAGAAAUGGUAUUUGAUAGACGAGCUCGUCCUUCGGAAAGAACAAAGACCGAGGAAGAACUUGCUCAAAUUGAAGCAGACCGUCUGCGUGAACUUGAAGACCAACGCCUUACUCGUAUGCAAGAUGAUGAGGUUGAUUAUCCUGAAACACCAGAAACCGAGGAAACAAGCGCCAAUGCCACCGACAAUGUUUUUGGUUUUGGCAAAGGUCUCACUUUGGAAGGUGAAGAAGAAUCGGUGGAAUCUUCCGAAAGUGAAGGUGAAGGUGAAGAAGAAGAGGAAGAGGAAUGGGGAGGUAUUGAGGAAGAUUCUAAAUCGGCUGAUAAUACGAAAAAUGAGGUGAAAAACAUCAAAAAACCUUCAGAGGAAAUUGUGUCAAAUGGUAAACCUGCUAAGAAAGCAUCGCUCGCUUAUACCUAUUCCUGUCCUACUUCACAUAAACAAUUUAUGGGUAUGAUUCAAGGUUUAAGCGUUGAAGAUCAACUUAUUGUUGUCACGCGUAUUCGUACGCUUUAUCAUGUCAAGCUGCACCCAGAAAAUAAAGCUCGUUUGGAAAACUUCACUGUCGUACUUUUGCAGCAUAUUCUUUAUUUAUCAAAGAAAUCGGAAGCAUCCAUGGAAAUAUUAGAGAAGCUCACUGACCAUUUGGUAUCUUUGGGACGUCAAUUUCCCGAAACAAUUAGUGUUUCUUUUAUAUCUGUGUUGGAAGGAAUGCGUAAUCGUUUAUUGAACAGCUUUAAAGAUCCUAAUCUCAAAUUUCCUGAUGUACAAGAUCUCAUGCUUUUUAAUUUAGCCUGUUCCGUAUUCCCUACGUCCGAUAGGAAACACAUUGUAUUAAGCCCGAUGGUUCUUACGAUGUGUGAAUCAUUGAGUCAAUCACCAUGGAGCACACUUUCUGAUCUUUGUAGGAAACUAUACUUGGCGAACGUUCUCUUGAAGUAUCAACGUCUUAGUCAUCGUUAUAUUCCCGAAGUCAUAGUUGUCCUUGGCCAGGUUUUGUAUGUCCUUUGCCCUAGUGCAAUGAAGACUAUCCCUGGAACUUUUACUAUCCCUGAUAGCCUUCAUGAGAAGCAUAAAGCCUAUGGUAUUCAAGAUUUAUCUUUGGACGAGCCUCAGAAGCUUCGUCUUGUCGACUUAGCGUCCGUUCCUGUUUCAAAUCUUCAGUCAUCGAUAGUUAUGGUUACGCUGAAUCUUGUAAACGUUGCACAAAGUCUAUAUGCUAAGGAAAGCGCAUUCUUGGAGAUAUAUGAACCAAUAUUUGAUUUAUUGCAACUUUAUGAAUCAAAGAAGCAACUUCUCCAUAAAACUUUGUCAGAAAAGUUGACUCAGACUACAGAAAAAUUGGCCACAUUGCUCGAGUCUGCUAAGAGGGUGCGUAAACCUUUAACUUUACAAACACACAGACCUGUGGGUAUCGUUAGUCAAUUGCCUAAAUUUGAAGAAGGUUACUCAGUCGACAGAACUUCCUAUGACAUUGACCCUGAAAGAGCUGAACAUAAUAAGCUUCGUGCUCAACAUCGGGAUGCCAAGAAAGGUGCCAUUCGUACACUUCGUAAAGAUGCAAGAUAUAUUGCUCGUGAAAGACAAAAGGAACAACGUUCCAAAGACAAAGUAUACAAUGACAAAAUGGGUAAACUUCAAAAUCGUUUGCAGCACUUUGAUUCAGCUGUAUAA